AAAAAGAAGUAGGAAAUUAAUAAUGUUUCACAGUUAUUUUUCAGUUUUCAAUUUGAUCUCGUUAUUAAUUUUGUUUGUAAUAUAAUCAUUUUAUUGAAUAAUUGUAUACCAGUUUCUGUUUUCACUUGAUCGAAAUCAUUUUUCCUUUGCCGUCUUAGUUCGAAAUAUGUUGAAAACAGUGCGUACAUUUUGACAACAUUUUAGAAAGGCAUUAGUAAACUAGCAUUAUAAAUUUCCAUAUUUUGUGUCAGUAUACAAUGUAUACCGGUCAAACUGUUUAAGAGUUAUGAGUCAUUUGUUAUAAGAUUUACAUUUCAAAUGUUGAAAGUCAUACAGAUGGGCAUUCAAGCUUUCAUGGUGUUAGCCUCGAAGGUGUGGGCCUGCAUAUGCUUCCUAAUAAAACGACAAAUUAAAACUGUUCGUCAAUAUCAACCUGUAAAAUAUGGAGUAUUUCCUUUAUUACCAUUAUCCAGACAUAGAAUAAGUAUGUUAAAAGUUAUUUAUACAAAAUUAAAGGUUGUUACGGCAAGUAAAAUAUAUUUAUCUUACAUAGGUAUGGUAAAACGGAAAGUUUUGGUGCUAGAUUUAGAUGAGACAUUAAUACAUUCACACCAUGAAGGUGUCCUACGUCAUCCGUCCAAACCAGAAAUGCCACCAGAUUUUAUUUUAAAAGUUACCAUUGAGCGGCAUCCAGUAAGAUUUUAUGUUCAUAAGAGGCCGCAUGUUGAUUUUUUCUUAGAUGUUGUCUCUAAGUGGUAUGAGCUGGUAGUCUUUACAGCUAGUAUGCAAAUUUAUGGUGCUGCAGUCGCUGAUAAAUUAGACAAUCGAAGGGGUAUAUUAAGAAGACGAUUCUAUAGACAACAUUGCACGCCUGAAAUGGGCUCUUAUACUAAAGAUUUGACAUCAGUUUCAAGUGAUUUAUCGAGGGUCUUUAUACUUGAUAAUUCACCAGCAGCAUACAGAGCAUUUCCUGACAAUGCAAUACCAAUUAAAUCAUGGUUUUCAGAUACUUCAGAUACAGCAUUAUUGAACCUCUUGCCAAUGUUGGAUGCAUUACGGUUUACAGAUGAUGUACGUAGUGUAUUAAGUAGAAAUUUACACAAUCAUAAUUUAUGGCAAUGAUAUGUUCAAUAAAACCUGUUGAAUUUCUUAUUAAAUAAUAUUUUUGACUAUUUCAAUAAUAUAAUGAGAAUAUACUAACUAACUUAACUGACUUAAAGCGCAAAUAUUUAAUUUAUAUUAGUAUAAAACUUAAUAAAUAAAUAAAAAGGUGAUACCUUCUAUUUCAACAGCAAUACAUUAAUGUUCAUUUAUUUCUUUUAUGUCCAUGUGUUGUGAAUUAUUAUUUAUAUAAUUUAGAACAUAUUUCAUUGAGUCAAUAGACUGGUCAAGUUUAUACUGAUUAUUAUUGUGUUUUUAUUUUUACUUGGUGAAUAAACAUAAUGUAUCUAUUGUAAGGUUCUAGUCGCUGUUAUCUGUAAUUUGUACUCUACAAUACUAAUUAUAAUAAGUAAAGGAAAGUAUACAGCAUUAUAAGUACUGAGUUGUAUGGUACCUAUAAUUAAUUCAUUUAAAUUGUUCACUAAUAUAAAAAUGCAUAAACUAUAAUCAUUAAUGUGAAAUAUGUAUUCAAUUUAUUUUAAUCAAAAUUAUAGAGAACAUUCUAAUUUCCACAAUAUUUAUUGCAAAUUAUUGUUGAUUACAUUGGUUAAUUUCUCGAAUUCUGAUGCAUAUCUUUUAGUAUUAUAAUGAAAA